AUGACCAAGUUCACUUUCGCCAAUUCCUCCGAGAAAGUACCCGGUGAUGGGAUCCUCCCCGCCCAAUUCUCCAUCAGAGCGGCCCCUCAAACAGAUGCUUGGUCCAAACCUCCAUCCACAGACACAUUCACUGCGCCGAUUCUAUACCGGAGUGUUCCGUUGAAGUCGUUCAAACGGGUCAGAGUCGCCUUCAACGCAGUCUGGCAGCAAAACUAUGACCAGGGUGGGCUCAUCCUUGUCCUCAACGGUGCGGGAGGCACCCGGAAAUGGGUCAAGACAGGCAUCGAACUCACCCGUGGCCGACCUCACCUGAGUACCGUCACCAAGGACAACUGGGCGGACUGGAGUCUGCAGCCUGUCCCGUCAGGAGGUGGAGCGGCGACACUAGAGCUGGUCCGAGAGUCAGACAAUAGCCUGUGGAUUUAUCUUGUGGAAGGCAUCCAGAAAUCCCCUCUUCGGGAAGUCACCUGGGUGUUCGAGGAACCGAAUGUUCAAGACCUCUGGGUUGGGCUCUAUGCAGCACGGCCUUCGAAAGAAGGGGGGGAGGACCUGGUGGUGAACUUUGGCCAUCUGAUACUCGACACGUCAGAUUAA